UAUUAUAAUUAUAAAAUUAUAAUAUAUUUCAUAUGUAUUAUAAUCGUCAGUCUUGUCGGGAAGCACAAAGAUAUACAAGUCCCGUAGAACGAAAGUGGUAAAAUCUUUUUCUUCUUUCUUGAGUGUAUUUCUUUUCCGCGGAUUCUUUCUCUCUCCUCUCUCAGGAGGUCCUCUCGCGAGCGAGGAAGGAGGGAGGAAAUCUCGACUCUCGUCUCCCACCUCGCGGAGGAUUAGGAUCUCCUUCUACAGCGAGGCCUGGUGCCGGGGGCCAGAUUCUAAGGUCGGAGCGACGGCACAGUGCCGGUUGAUGUGUAGCCGACGCAGCUCUCUUCACGCGACGGCUCUCUCGCAGCAGCCAGCAAGUUGUCAACCCGUUAUUGGAAAGUCCGCGGAAGCCGCGCGUGUCGGAGUCGCGCGUCGUGUCUUAAGUUGCUCGCACGUGGCUCAUGUGAAGUAACGUGACGUGACGCGCGAACCGCCGCACGUGCCACCGUGGAAGUCAUAUAUCUUGUCUUCGCCUUCGAUGACAAUCUUUCACAUCUUCUACAAAUCGGAUUCAAGACUGGUGAAAACACGCAUCCUUGGGAGAGAAUCAGUGAAAAAGUUUUGUCUAAUCUUCGAGAUUAAAAACGAGUGUUGUACUGUUUUUUGAGGAGAGAAUAUUAAGAGGAAUACUUGCGGAGAGAAGAACAAGGAAGAAUUUCUUCGAGUGCGAUUUAGCGAUCGUAUUUUUAGGAACAAGUGACAAGACAAAUUGUCAAGGAAUAGUUUCUAUAUAAUGAACAAGUAAGAACACUAUACACUUCAAUUGUGAAGUGUUCUGACGAGUCCUGAGUCGAAUCGAGUCAUUAAUUUCCUGAAGAAAAAACAAGUCGCAAAAUAACUCUUAUCUAGGAGAAAAUUGGAAUAAUUUCAUUGAGAGUUGUGUAAUUUCUUUUUAAGGGAGAAUUUUUGAAGAAUGAUAUCUGUGAAUGAAAGAAACAAGAAUUAAUUGCUGAAGCAUAAAUCCAGAAUAAUCAGCAGAAAUCCAGAAUAAUCAUCCUCCCACGGAAAGUUCGAAAUAUUGAUUUAGAAGAAAGAACGAAUAAAAAAUAUUACAUAAAAUAAAAGAAAACAAAACUUUCAAAUCGAAAGAAACUUUAAUGUUAAUUAUUUCAUUUUAUGAGUUUCACAUAAAUUUCCAUGUUCUAGAUCAAAUUUUUAACAACUAUCUUCAUAAUUAGCAGCAGUAAAUUUUUUUAAGUAUUCAAAAAGGACAUUUUUAUUAUCCUUAAGAGGAGAUUUUAACAUUGGAAAAUUCUAUUAAUUAUCGUCAUCAUUGCUGUCUUACAAAUGAAUCUCGAAUAAAUUCAAGUAGUUCUUCGAAAGGAAGCAUCGAUUGUUCCUUUCAACAUCUACGAAGGAUCUCCCACAUUUAUCUCCUCACAAUAUCACGUAAUUAAGUAUAUUGAUUAGUGCCGACUAAUGUACGCUCGCGAAAAAUGCGACAGGCAGUCACGGCGAGUCCAGUGGACUUGACACGGAACUCGACGGAUUGAUGAACAUCGACAGCGGAUUUUACGAGCGUCUCGAUCACGGUUCGCGAACACCGUAGCGCGGCGGCAUUCGUUUCAAGUUGAAGAGCAAGACAUCAAGGAGGACAACGAUGUCGCGCACUCUGCAGCCGAUCGAGGAAUCCAAUCCUGGCAAGUCGUCGGCGAGCAAUGAACAGCAUGAUAAGGACAGCCUGAACGAGACCGGAAGUACAACAGGUGGCACCGUGGAAGGCGCGCCGGGUGGUGGCCCCAGUAGGGGUGACAGGACUAAGGACAAAGAGGACCAAGCGUCCGCGCAGGCAUCCACCUCUGCGCCACCGGCGAGAUCCUUGGUCUCCAGGAUUCUGGCGAGGACACGGUCGCCUGAGGAUCUACUAGAUCAUUCAGAACCUUACUCGCAAUUAUGGGUGGUUCUCUCAAACGUGUACGGCGAGCUGAUCGUCGUGCUAACGUUGGCAGUAUGUUUGGCCGAGGUCAUGGACACGCCUGUGCCUCUGCUCAGUUUGCAGGGCAUAUUCCUCAUGUACCUUUACGUGGGCAGCAUUGCCGUCAUUAUCGGCAUUUACAUAUGGGUGCUGGUUGAUAGCUGCGGCAGCUUAAGCCGAGGUGGAAACGGACUCGGAGACGCGGAACUCGGUGGUGCGUCGCUUACCAGAUUCGGAUCAUUAAAACGGGCGCACAUCUCCAGGGCUAGAACCGCGCCAACCAGUUUUUACAUACGAGUCGGCGCGCUUUUAUUCGGCCUUGCGACGUUGGUCUUCAACGGUCUGGAGAUGGCGAUGCAUUCGAUGAUGCAGGGUGCUGAGUGCUUGACCGACGUCGUCUUUGUGCAUCCGGUGCUGCACGGCUUAUUCACCUUCUUGCAGAUGCACUUUCUCUUCGUAAACUCGCAGGUGCUUGUCGAGCGUUUUGGCCUUGCAGCCAGAUUCGGCUUCACACAUCUCGCAGCUACUAAUGUUGCAGUCUGGGCUCGUCUGGUAAUUUGGGAUACCGCACAGGAAUGGACUUAUUUUGUACACUUGGCGCAACACGAACAGCAAACAUCCGUAUCUCCUUUGAGUCUUCGAGGAUUUCCCGGACGUCUUGUUACGAGACGAACUACCCUUAUAAACGAUUCAACGACAAAAGGAAGCACUUUCAAGCCCUAUCAACCAGUCUCGAACGAGCAAAUCUCACAAGUAAUCGCGUUACAAGAAUGCUUAAACACUAAUACCUUAGGACAAUUAUGGACCUCGAGCAUGCCUUUUUUGUAUCCCUUUAUUGUGCAAUUUAGUCUGAUCGCCGCAGCAGUGACUUUCGUGAUGGGUCAAAACGUCGGCCGGAGUCGUUUGAUUAAACAAAAAUUUCAUGGCAGCAAGGAUUUGAGUAGCCAUACUCGGGUAGGCUGCGAUGGUUCCAGCAAAGGUCUCUUCCUGGGUAUUCUCUGUAUGGUUGCCGGCAUCGUGGUGAUUCUCAUCUUUCUCGUCGUACGAGAGGACGAAAACUUUCCCUCUGCCACUUUGUCGUGGCUCACGUGUGGUACUCUAAUUGGUAUACUGACGCUGAGCAGUUUAAUGACAGCCAGUGGUCUCGUGCAGGUACGUCAGAUUUCGGUAGUCACGCGAGCGCCAGCCGCCCUGGACAGUCUACUGUCGAACGUGUCGCUCUUCGGGGUGCAACUCUACUCCGUCUUCACCAUCGUGGUCUGCGCUUGUUCACUGGCUAUGUCGGAUCACGGCGAGACCGAGGACACUCAGGCCAGACACAUUAUGCUUUUGUCAACAUCAAUCCUGCAGCUGAUACAAUGCUUCGCGCAGAGCACGCUGAUCGCCGAAACCUCGCGACGUUCGUGCAUAACGCGUUUCCAAAUGCUGACAAAGCCCGGCCGCCAAGUGAUCACUUUUCUGCUCUUCAGUAACGCCGUGCUUUGGGCCUUCGAUACCGUAAUCACACAGAACUGGCUGUCGCAGGAGUUGCAGCUUCGGUUCUUCGGCGUGCUCGCUUGGGGCGUGCUGUCUCGAAUCGGGCUGCCCCUCCUGAUUUUCUACAGGUUUCACAGUUGCGUGCUACUGCUGGAAGCGUGGAACAAGUGCUACAGAACACCGCGAGGGGAACAUCCUCUCAACUGACAACGCGGACCCUCACGCCGACUCUCGUGCAGGUUCGUGAGAAUAAUAUCGGUAUCUUCGAAAAUCGAUUAACACCCUGAGAAUUGAUCCUUGAUGUUUCUUCUUCAAUUUUAAUUGUUUAUAAUUUUCUUCAAUUUGUGUGCUUUGUUAUAGUGUUUCUUUACAUAAAAAAAUCUUACACUUUUUAAAAUUGAAACAUAAAGUUAAUACAUAUCUUCAAAAAUUUGUGUAAUUUUUGGAUAAAAGUUAAGGCUUCUGACUACUCAGCUAAGAAUUUUGCGUUGACGGUGACGAUACAGUUCCAUUGGUUCAUCCUUGUUCCCCUUGUCCAUUCUUAUUUUUGUUUAUUCUUUAUAUUAAGCGACGUGCCGACAACGAAAUUUUUUAUUGCACGUUAUUAUAUUAUUAUGCUUAAUACAGAUGUGAUUCGUCUUGUACUUAUCAAAUUCAUAAAAAUGAACAGCAACUAAAGUUACCUUUGAAUGUUAUAUAUAAAAACAUAUUUUUCUCUUCUUUCAAACCGUCUGUUUUUCUAUUUGAAUAGGCUUCAUUUCAUGCGCCUUUUACAGUCAUUUAUUAUCAGGAGGGAAAAGCAUAGUAAACUUAGUAACCGUCCAUCUUCACAAGUGUCUUAAAGCCAUCUUAAAUGUCGUUUUAGUCAAAUAUUUCUUUAUUUGCAAAUUACGUGCAAAAAUUUUACUGUGACUGCGUUCCGAUAUUUACUGCCAGUACUAAAAAUGUAUAGUUCAGAUCACAUAUAUUAUAGAUUUUCAGUACUGGCAGUGAAUAUCGGAACGCAGCCUGUGUCAUCUCUCAUUUAUGACGUCACGAGUCCAAUAUGGCCAUGGCGAGGAGUCAGGAGUCUUUUGACAUUCCUUGAUGAACCUAACAUCUUU